GGAAAGAAGAGUAGUUUGAAAGGGUUGAAGAUCAAGAGUAGUAGAGGAUCGAAGACGAGUGGGUAUCUUGGGAUGAAGGAUGCUUUGAGUCCUCAGAAUAGAAAACUUGGGUUGAGUCAUAGUCAUAGUCAUUCGAGUAAUAGACAAUCGAAUGCUAAUUCUAAUUCGAAUUCUAAUUCGAAUUCGAUGAUGUUGAGUUCUAGAUCUAGGUCUUGUUUUAUUGGUCCUUCUUUGAUUAAGUGAUUGGGGUUUUUGGUUUUUUAAGGAGGGUGAUUUGUAUUAUAAACUUGGCUCUUUGACUUUUUUUCAUGCUUUAUUGAUGCUUAUUUUAUAUGGGUUUUUUACAUGGUUCUUUUAUAUGGUUUUUUACAUGCUCUUUUAUAUGGUUCUUUGAGAUGGUUUUUAUUUUGAUGCUUUAAAUAUAUUUUAUCAUUUUGAUCUUUUGUUUAUCUAUAGUCAUUCUUGUUUAACUGGUUUUCAUCUUUACACAUCUUAUUUUCCAUUUUUUUCUUGUGUAUGUAUUACAACAUUUUUUUUUCUUUGGUUUUUUGGUUUUUUGGUCUUUUGGUUUUUGUUUUUUUGGAGAGGAGAAGUAGUUGGUUUUUUAUAAAAAUCUAAAAAAUUGAAUAUAGUGGUUUUAUUGUAUGAUUUUGAAAACUUGGUUUAUAUUUA